GACGGCAGCUCCCCAUCGAAGCGGCAUUCGAACAACUUCGUCCUCUCGCGCAGACACCUGUACGUAUGGCGACUCGUGCCCGUGUGAACUCCGCUCUGCGUGCGCAGCACAUGCCGCCGCAUUUGCGCCACCUCGAGGGCAAAUUCAAGAACUCGCGUGGCCAGAGCUUGUCCUACUUGGCACUUUUCCCUCCUGCUAAAUCGCCUCUUCGUGCGGUCGUGGUGUACCUGCACGGCAUCGGGGACCACAGCCGCCGCUACUUCUAUCUCUACGAGCAGCUGUGCAACGCCGGCUUCGGAGUAUUUGCGUACGACCUGCUGAGUCACGGAGCCAGCGACUCGGACCAUCACGGUCUGAGGGCCCACGGUGCCAAGUUCCACUACUUCGUGGAUGACACGAACGAGUUUAUCACGAUGGCAAAGACCGAGUUGUACCCAAAAUUGUCGCUCUCGAUGGAUAAUGAACCCAAAAUGGUUUUGUCCGGCAUGUCCUAUGGCACAUUGGUGAGUCUGCACACCAUUUUGAGCGGCAAACACGCCUUCAGCGGCGUGGUGCUUGUCGCUCCGGCCUUGCUGGUGGAGAUGACGGCCAUACUGAGAGUGCAGGCGGUGUUUGCGAGGCCCCUGAGCAAAUUGGUGCCCAAGGCGAGAAUUGUGCCGGCAGUCAACGCGGAUUUUCUGUGCCGUGAUCAGGAUUAUCUGGAUGAUUUCAAGGCGGACCCGUUGACUGUUUCCGAGCCGGUGACGGCGAGAAUGGGAGCUGAAUCGCUCAAGGCCAUGAAGGCGCUGGAAGCUGAUAAGAGAAUCGAGGAUAAGAGCAGCGAUCUGUGCAAGUUGCCCAUCUUGAUGAUGAUGGGGUCGAACGACAAGGUGACGAGUUUGGAAUUGGCACAAAUGUUUUACAACAGGCUGGCAUCGAGCGAUAAGGAGUUCAAGGUCUUUGACGAAUAUUUCCACGCGCUGUUUGAUGAUCCGGAGCGUGACGCGGUGUUUGCCCACCUCGACAACUGGCUCAAGACUAGAUUCCCGCUUCCGGAAGAGGCCAAGAUUGACAAGAUCGAUGAGGAUAUCGAGACGAAGGCGGAGGUGACGACGGAGCCGAACGUUGAAGUUGCUGCAGUACUGGAAGGGGAGAAGAAGGUUGAAGCCGCUGUUGUGGUCGAGGAAGUGAAGGUUGAAACUACCGAAACCAGCAAGGAGACUACCGUGACCGAGGAGAUUAACGUGGAGGUGACCGCGGCACAGGAGCCCAUGGCGGAUGCGGCUCAAGCUGAGAAAACGGAGACGAAGACGGAGGAAGCGCAAGCUGUUGAGAAAACCACGUCCCUGAAGGAGUAGAUGCAAAUCUUGGCUAGGUGAACAGACUACGCAUCGCAUUGUUGCAUGGAUAGAUGAACAACCAUUUUUUUUUUCACUCGUUCAAAA